AUGCCUCCUCGGCGGGCUCGGGCCCCCUCAAUUGAUAAUACCACUGGGCCGGCGAAGCGAAAGCGAUUGAAAACAGCAAAAGCCCUAGAGACGAAUACAACAACCGGCUCGCCGUCGAGGGUAGUUAUCGUACGUACGAGGGCGAGGGCGAGGGCGCAGGCGUCAGAGCCAGCGAAGACCCCAGUUAAGCCACCUCGACGCCGUCGGGUAGUGGUGAUCCCUUCCCCAGCCCAGAGGGUUGCUCAGUUAGCAGAAACAGAGACAGGAAUAACUCAACAAAACCUCGAAGUUGACGAAGUCGAGGAAACCCAACCGGCAGGCCACUAUGAACACCAAGCUAUUGGGCAGUCAACGCCGGGCCAGCGACUUCAAUAUAACCUCAACCUCGAUGAGGAUCCUUUUGCUGUUACGCCGGCAAGGCCUGGUCGACGGCCUUUACCUGAUACCCCAACUCCUCGACGAACGCAACCACAGUCAAUCAAUUUAACUGUUACGUAUACUCCUCUCUUCUCAGGCGGUCGCUCGCCGCCAAAGCUUCCUGAGACUAUAUACAAGUGGAUAUUUGACGAGGAGAGCGAAGUUGGUCAUAAGUUGAUUAUCCAGUGGUCGAAAAUCGAGAGGGAUUUGGCGAAGCGAAUCGACGCCCGUUUAAGGGCACAAUAUAAUAUCGAGAAGAGCUGGAUUACCACGAAAAUCGCCUGGAGAAGAAUAGGAUUAAAAGCAGUAACUAUUGUAUACCGCGAAGAAUUCGCUGUUGACAGUGGCAACUGGCCGGUUGUUCCAUGGUAUGAUAUUUCGAAGCAAAUUAUCGAGAAUAGUCGCCUUGGUGAGGUUCUUCUCGAUGUUGAACUGGCCUACUCUGUCACUCCUACUGUAGCCGCAGUAGGAGAGCUAGAAGGCGUAGGAUCACCACGAGGGCGACCGUCUCGACUUAGUCAACGUCAGACUGUAACAAAUACGAUGCUUCAAGCGAUUGAAACAGAAGGCGAUCGAAAGAGGAAGUUAUUUCGAGACCUUCUUCGCCAUAAUCAGUGUAACGAUUCAGCAACCUGUCAGAAUACCUCGUCAGCUGAUCCAACAGUUAACUGGUGCUGGGUCAACGCAAGAAAACACUAUAAACUGACCGUAUUUGAUUUCGAGAAGUGGCAAGAAGCUAUUCAGAAGGGCGAGGAAGGCGUAUCAAUAUCAAACCCGCCUGCCCGCCUAAUUGUUGAUCUUGUUCAGCGUGAACAACGCGAUAUGAAAAAGCCCGAUAAAUCAGCAAAUCGAGGAGGCCAAAAUAGCCUAGGUGAAAAGUCUGCUAAUAGAGGGCUUUCAGACACACAAGACCCAGCAAAUACUGCCAAUAAUAAUAGCGCAGUAGUCAACUUCUAUGGCCUACCUCCGCCAGGCGGCCCAACGCAAUAUUGGCCAAAGUUGCCGCCGCCAACGAUGCCGCCCCAAUAUUGGGAUCUUGAGCCUCAAUUUCAACCGCAGUCAGGUGAUUACUCUGCCCGUCGGCAAGUAGAGGCUCCGAUUCGUUCUUCGUCGCCAGUUGUUCCUGAUUCGCCCUCAAAAGCAACACGCCAAGUUGAUGAGUUCGUUUCGUGGUUUCUAGCUGUGAACGGCAAGAAGUUGGGUAUUGACGAAGUGAAAUUUACUCCGUUAAAGGCUUCAAUAGUCAGUCUCCGCGUUAUUCGUGAUUACCCAGACAGCUGGUUCAAGGAGGUAGGGUUUUCACCACAACUUACCGCAGCAGUGAGAAAAUCGAUCAAACUUUUCACUACAACACAGCAAUUUUACCUCCAACAGAGCGAACCUCUCGCCGCUGUACAAUCACUCGUACAGGCAACGAAAAAGCCAGCAGUUGACCGUGAGGUUGAAGACGAAGUGUAUAACCGACUUUUUGACGAGCGAUUCGGAGAAACAGGCAAUAUCGAACGAAGCGCUAGUAAAGUAGGCGAAAUAAGCGUUCCAGCGGGUAGGAUCUCCUCACCGCUGCCAACUGGCGAUAUUGAGUUUGGUCGAGGUGAAUUAGACCUCUUCGUCUCCUCGCCGCCGCCACCAAUCCUUCCUCCUAAUACCGAACAAAAUCCGAUCGAAGUCUCAGACUAUAUAUCGUCGCCUUAUACCCAAGAGGAAGAGGAGGUUAAACUAGGAUAA